ACUGAUAAAAACAUUACAAUUAGCUCAGAUAAAUAAAUUUGCUUCAUUUGAUUGUAAAUCACGUUAAAACGUUUUCAGGAAGGCGAAACAACGAUAGGCACCGAAGAAUCACAUUUAAAACAAGAUAUUGUUCUUAGAGGACCAGGUAUGGAAGCGCAACACUGUAGUAUAAUUUUUGAAAAUGGUAUAGCUACAUUGCACCCUAAACCAGGAGCAAGUGUUUGUCUGAACAGUGUACUUAUAGAUUUACCUACUCGUCUUACUCAAGGUUGCAUAAUUUUUUUGGGAAAAGCUCAUGUUUUUAGGUUCAAUGACCCUGCUGAAGCUGCAGAACUAAGGAAGUCGGAGAAAACUUUAAAUUUAUCCCGUUUAAGUUUACUUAGUUGGUCAACUCCAGACUUGUCUACAACUCACGAGAAUUUGUCCUUUUCGAAAGAAAAGGAACAAAGCGAAAAUAUAAGAGAAGACAGUAAAAAAAAUGAAGAAGUACUGGAAGUAGUUAUUGCGGAAGAUAGCAAAGAAAAUAUGGAAGUGGAAGAUAGUAGUCAGAAUACGCAACAUGAAGAUGCUUUAGAUAAAGCUAUUCAAAAUGAAAAACUGGUUAAUAUGUUUAGUCACUAUAAUGAAACUGAAGUAUCAGAUAAUAAAUUAAUAAGCUUAAUAAAAGACAGACUUAGGUUUUCAGAGGGAGACAAUAGUGAAGUUUUUGAACAAUUGAAACAAUUGUUGACUCAACAAAAGUUUGAAGAAACAGAGCAGAGCAAGCAAUUGUAAGUAUUAAUUAUAAACAUAUAUACCCGCUUUUUCAUAGACAAUAUUAAUUAAUAAUGUUAUACAUCUAUUGCCUUUGUUAUUUUAAUAGCCAAUUUUUUUUUAAUAAGACCAAAGGACAGAUGGGUACCGAUUGAGUAUAACACUUACAUUUUAAUAACAGGAAUGAAUUUAGAAGUGAAAUCUAUUAAGGCGAGGGGAAAUUUUUACUUCUGUCAAAUCGACUUUUUUUAAGGCGUAAUAAAUUAAAAAAUUGCUCUUCGUACGAUUUUUCGCCCAACUGUAUCUUUUAGGUUUAAUAAAUUGAUUGUUCAAGAAUUUUAAUGAAACAUUUCAUCGAAACAAGGAAAUACGUUAUCAAAGUAUCUUUUCCCACUACUUUUAACUUUGUAAUUGGAGAGAAAGAAGGCAACCUAAGCCAAUCAUAACCUAACUUUUAAUGGAUCCCUAGGUAAACUUAAAAAAGAAACGUUUUGAUGGUUAGAUUAUGGUUAGUUUAGGUUUCCCGUGUUUUAAAAUUAAUAAACAUCGAAGUUUUGCAUGUCGAUGGGGCAAAUUAAGAAAUAUUAGGAAAAGUUUAAUAAAAUUUUCUUUUAUAGUUUAAUACAAUUUUUUAUC